UCUAUCUGCUAAAGAUUGAAGAAAAUAUAAAUUACGUACUCAAUAUGGAAGAAGGAGAGAAGUUCCACUGCAGGUGUGGAGUCACUAUCACGCAUUUUGAAUUUCAGGAUCAUUAUACCAAGUGAGAUGAACUUUACGCAGACUAUUGCUCUAUUACCAAAGAAUUCUUGAAUUAUCGGAAAUAAUAGUAAAUAAAGCAGCCCAACUACAAAAUCUUAAAGCAUUGUGUGGUUUCUUCACGCUACUCAUUGAAGAGAAAGAGGCUGCAUUUCAAAAGAGGAAGGACAAAAAGACAAAUAUUGACCGUGGUCUUCUCUGCGUGUUAUGUAAGCGAAAGAUGAUGAGGGACAAGAAGGUACUACCAUGUUUCCACCAAGCUUGCGAGGCAUGCCUCAAGGAGGCUAUACUUCAGAACCCUCUGCAAUAUCCCUGUCCAAAGUGUAAGAAAGAUCCUGUCAGUGACACUCAUGAGCUAGACCAGUGUCUUGUAAAUAACCUGUUGGAUAAUCCUCAGGGUCAAUUCUUCCCAGAGGAUGUGCUUUUUCUUAAAUAAGUACACUGAUGUCAGAAAGGCUGCAGUUGUUGAGAAGGCGAAGGAUAUCCAGGUAUAUGGAGAAAAAUGAAGGUAUUGAUCAGGAGCUACAGGCAUCGUCAAUAAAGAGAAAAAGUCAUUUGAUUUUCAUUUAUCCUGCAUUAGUGAGGACUGUCUGAGACUAAACAAGCUUGCCUGCACUCAUGAGCUCAAAUGAAAACACCUCUGAGCAGGCCUGAAGUCCUCUCAGAGUCAUUUCUGACUAGAUCCCAAGUGUGUUGAAAAGGAUCCGGAAAAGACGCUUGGGAUCACAGGAGAAGAUAGCUGUAUCUUUUGUACUGAGAAAUACAAUACUCGGCCUUGAGUAAUCCUUGACUGUAAACAUGUCUAUGAUUAUGACUGUCUUCUUCGAAUUCUGACGUCUAAAUGGCAAGGGCCUCAAGUUGAUUUUACUUACUUAAAAUGAUGGUGAGGGGCUCAAAUCUCUACUGAUAAUAAAGAAAUUAUGAAAAUUGUUAAAGCAGAUCUUAAAAUCAAGAAAAGGGCAGAAAAGGUUGCUGUUGAUCAAGCUCGAGAAGAUCACUUAGCUACUGAUGAUUUAGAGAAGUCUCCGUAUAAUGGAGACUUUAAAUCAUUUGCUGUUGCUAAGAUAUCUGUGUACCAAUGAUCUAAAUGAGAUAAGGUAUAUUAUGCUGGUUUAAGAGAUUGAGGCGACCCUAGUUUUAGAAAAGAAGAAUGCCUUUGCAAAGAAUGCACAGAUGCUGGAAUUAUUAAAAUCCAAUCGAGAAAUAUAUGAUCAAAGCACCCUGAAGACUAUAUUUUGUUCAAAUGCAAGUUUUGAUGCAAGGAAGCUAUCUAUUUCUGAUGGGAUACCACUCAUUUUUGAGAUGAAUGACACCGAAAGCAGAGUGAAGAUCCUUAUUACGAAGCUACUCCUCCAGAUAAACUACAUCAGUGUAAUGGUAAGGAUGAUUGCCCGCUUGGAAUAGCCCAUCCUCUAAAUGGACAGGAGUCAUUUCCAAUAAAAUGAAUGUUAUGACUUGGUACUUAAUUAUCUAUUCAAUAGCUUA